AUGAAGUGUCAACAUGCAGAAAAGCUGUGCAACUUUGUGAAAGCUGUCAAUAUUAAAAUCGAGAACGAAAGCGCUAGAGCAACAACAAAACAAUCUCAUCUGGGUAUUAACCUGAAAACGAAGGACAGGAAAACUGAGGCAAAACCCUCAACUGAAGACUUGGGGGAUAAGAAGGAAGGAGAAUACAUUAAACUCAAAGUCAUUGGACAGGAUAGCAGUGAGAUUCACUUCAAAGUGAAAAUGACAACACACCUCAAGAAACUCAAAGAAUCAUACUGUCAAAGACAGGGAGUUCCAAUGAAUUCACUCAGGUUUCUCUUUGAAGGUCAGAGAAUUGCUGAUAAUCAUACUCCAAAAGAACUGGGAAUGGAAGAGGAAGAUGUGAUUGAAGUUUAUCAGGAACAAACGGGGGGUCAUUCAACGGUUUAGAUUUUCUUUUUAUUAUUUUUUCUUUUCCCUCAAUUCUUUUUUAUUUUUAAAAAUAGUUCUUUUGUAAUGUGGUGUUCAAAAUGGAGUUGAAAACUGGCUCCCCAUCUCUUUAAAACAUCUGGUAAUUUGAA